AUGGAACAAUUACUGAGCACGGUGGCAGGGUCAGAAAUGUUCUCAAUGCUCGACGGUUUCUUGGGGUACAACCAGACAACAAAGCUCAUUCACGGGAGGGGCAUUUGUGAAAAUAUAGUUUGGGGAUACAAACCUCGUGAAGAUGAACUGGCUGCAGAAGAGGCUGUUAUGUUUUCACCUGAUGCUCCACAAGCUUGUUGGAUCGAGGCCAGGAAGCAAUUCAUGAAGGCCGAGAUUUUUCCCGAUGACCUCCCUUCCAAAAAGAGAAGGUUUUACAGGUUCCAAAAGAGCGGUUUCCGUUUGAUAGACAGAGUACUCUUCAAAAGAAAUUUUGAUGGAAUCCUGCUCUGUUGUGUAGAUCGAAGCCAAGCAGAUAAAAUCCUACAUGAAUUCCACUAUGGCUCCUCAAGAGGCUAUUUCUCCGCACCUACAACCGUUAUCAAAAUUACCCAAGCUGGAUAUUUUUGGUCCUCAAUGCUCAAGGCCGCACACAAUCUGAUAAGGGAAUGCAAGGAGUGCUAG